AUGUUUUAAUCCGAUAGUGAAGAAGAAGAUUCACUAAUAAUAGGAGACAUAAUUCAGGGUCGAUUUGAGAUCCAUUCCAAGAUAGGGUACGGUUCUUUUGGCUAGGUUUACAAGGUGAUCGAUUAAAAAUAUGGGAAUACUCCAUAUGCAAUGAAAGUGGAAUUCACCAAUUAGGAAUGCAAUUUGCUUGAAAAGGAAAUUAAGGUUUUGAUAGAUUUGAGAAAGAAGGUUGGAUUUCCAGAGAUAAAGUUUUAUGGGAAGGAAAAGAGAUUUACAUUUUGUGUGAUGAAUAUCUUGGGGAAGAAUUUGGAAUCCGUGAUCAGAAAAUGCGGGGGUUCGUUCUCUCUUUAAACUGUUUUGCGAUUGGCAAUCUAAAUGAUAGAAAGAAUUGAAGCCCUCCAUUCUUGCAAGUAUUUGCAUCGAGACCUCAAACCUGAUAAUUUUGUACUAGAAAAUACGACCAGUCCAAAAAUAAUAAACUUAAUUGAUUUUGGAUUAUCAAAAAAAUAUGCUAAUUCAAAAGGAGAUCAUAUCAAAUUAAUCAAAAAACCAGGAUUAAUUGGUACAGCCAGAUAUGCAAGUAUCAAUGCUCACGAGUCUUUUGAGUAAGGAAGGAGAGAUGAUCUCCAAAGUUUAGGAUAUGUUUUACUGUAUCUACUUACUGGGCAUCUUCCUUGGAUGAAUGUUAAGAUAGAAAUGAAAAAUCUUAAAUAUGCUAAAAUCCAUCAAAUGAAGAAAAACAUGAAAUUGGAAUAACUCUUCUCCAAAUAACCAAAGUGUUUUAUUAAGUUUAUGUAAGAUGUAUAAACCUUAGAUUUUGCAUAAUAACCCAAUUACAAAUAAUUGAAGGGUCAUUUCUAAGAUGAGUUGUCUUAGCUCUCUCUUAAUUUUUUAAAUUAUGGCUUUGAUUGGGAAAAGCUACCAGAAUAUUCUAGUAAAAAGAAGAAACAUUAAACUAUUGCAAUCAUGAAUAGUUCAGGAAGAGAUGAAAUCAUGAAUAUUCAAUUCUAAAAGUUUGAUCCCAAUAAACAUGAAUAAUUGUUGAGGAAAAGUACUAAAAAAUUGGAUAAUAAACCAUUCCUCAUUAAUGUGGCUGAACCAUCCGAACAUCAAAAACAAUUAGACGUUUAACCUCAACACAUAUCUGGCAACCCAUUUCUCCAAAUACCUUAAUAUAAUUCAUGUACUAAAAUAGAUUAAUUAUCCUCUCUAAAUUAAUCUAAUCAUACAUCCAAGACCAACAAUUAUCUGCAGAGUGAUGAUGUGAUGAGUGAAGAAUUGCUCCCAAACAUUGAAAUGAAAGAAAGUUCUCUCCCAGGAUUCAAAAAAAUGAUUGAUUAUGAAAUGAUAGGCAUCAAAAAGCCUUAAGUUCUCAAUAAAAAGACCUCACAAAUGGAUACUAUACGAAUUAUGCAAUAAAACUUUUUCAAACCUUAAGUGAUUAAGGAUGAAGAAGAAAAUCCUGAGUUAGAGCUUAGUGAUUGAUUAAGUAUAUGUUAUUUCUAAUUUUAUUA